UGCCCAGUCGAAAUAAUUCGGGCGGCCUUCACACUUGAUAGUUUCAAAGGGGACCUCUCCACCUCCUCUUCCCACAGCGACACGUGAAUUUGACAUUCUGAUGCAUAGCUGCCGUUCUCAAGCUGUCCAGAACCCAUGGAUUUUCUAAAGUCCGCCGUAGCCUCCGCUAUAUCGAAAGGGCCCCCGUUUCCCUAUUCAUUUGGCGAUCGAGUCGACGUGAGUCAGUCGGUAUGGUCACUGCACAAUGGGACAAAACGCGAGGACGGCUCUAAUUGUAGCAUAUUCUCCUUCGAUGCAGUCGCCAAUAAAGCGUACGUUCCCUUGGCCAGGAAUGCCGUCCGAAAGUUGAGAACCUUGCGCCACCCGGGAAUCAUCAAGGUGCUAGAGACUGUUGAAACAGACACCUAUAUUUACAUAGCGACCGAGCGCAUUACUCCUUUGGAAUGGCACAUUCGUCGAAAGAGCCUAACAACAGAGUCCAUCAAGUGGGGUCUUUUCACUAUUUCUAAAGCUCUCAAAUUUAUCAACGACGAAGCCACCUCGGUCCAUGGAAAUGUUCGGGUUUCUUCUGUAUUUACAAGCGAAAGCGGGGAAUGGAAACUUGGCGGUCUUGAUAUUUUAAGCUCUCUUAAAGAAGAUGAUGCGGUUAUAUAUAGCUAUGGGGGUUUCGUCCCAGAACUGAGCCGCUAUGCGCCGCCUGAAGUUGCAAAGUCUGGAUGGGAUAGUAUCAGAAAUAACCCGACACAUGCAGUGGACUCGUACAAUUUUGGUACAUUGAUUUAUGAGUCUUUCAAUGGCAGCUUCUUAGAGGCCAGUCAAGCAGGACAAACAAAGAAUAUUCCCCCAACUAUGCAACAGAGCUACAAGAGGCUCUUAAAUUCAAAUCCCAGAGUCCGCCUCAGUGUUGCACACUUCAUCGAACAGGGGAAGAGGACUGGCGGCUUUUUUGAAACGCCACUCAUUCGACUUGCGGAGGGGAUUGAAAAUCUAGGUUUAAAGGAUGCUGAGGAGAGAGAUGAGUUUCUCAGUGAACUUGAUAAUGCCUUUGAUGAUUUUCCAGAGGAAUUCACAAAGAUGAAAGUCCUGCCAGAAUUGCUUAAAUCUGUAGAAUUUGGAGGAGGGGGCGCCAGAGUCUUCGCCAUUGUCAUGAAGAUUGGCACGAAAUUAUCAGAUGACGAAUAUGAGUCAAAACUAAACCCAGUCAUUGUUCGACUGUUUACCAGCCCUGAUCGAGCCAUUCGUGUCUGCCUUCUUGACAAUCUGCCCUUGAUGAUAGACCAUCUUUCCCAAAAGAUUGUGAAUGAUAAAAUAUUUCCUCAAAUGGUAACGGGCUUCACGGAUAUAGCACCUGUUGUUCGUGAACAAACAGUGAAAGCUGUCCUGACAGUCAUUUCUAAGCUGUCUGAUCGUACCGCAAAUGGCGAACUUCUCCGAUACUUAGCAAAGACAGCAAACGAUGAGCAGCCGGGGAUUCGAACGAACACGACUGUCUGUCUCGGAAAGAUUGCAAAGAAUCUCGGGGCUAGUACAAGGCAGAAAGUUCUCUUAGCAGCCUUCACGCGUUCACUUCGAGAUCCAUUUAUACAUGCACGAAAUGCGGCUCUUCUUUCUUUGGCCGCUACCUCUGAUCUCUUCAGCGAGGAAGAGUGUGCAACCCGUCUGCUACCGGCAAUAUGUCCAUCUCUCGUUGACAAAGAGAAACUCAUAAGGGACCAAGCCAACAAAACGAUGGAUGUUUUCCUCCAAAGGGUUCGCAAGUAUAGUGCAACUCUUCCGGAUACAAUGCUGCCACCACCACAGCCAUCUGAGACUGGCAACGGUGCUACACCUAGGAUGGCUACUCCGCAGACUGACGGCUCCUGGGCAGGAUGGGCUGUCUCCUCAUUCACCAAUACACUAUCAUCUGCAAGAGGCAAUAUACAAGACACACCUAGUGUUGUCUCAAAACUGCAGGAUGGGCGGCCCAGCUCUGUGCCACCUGCAGUAGAAGGAGCACAAUCAUCUAUCUCUCUUGGUGCAUCCUCUAAAUUGCACGAGUCGGUCUCAGCUCAGCUUCAACGUCCGUCAUCUGCUGUGGAACCUGCUGCGGGCCCUUCGGGAACACAGAAUAAUGGUGAUAUUUUUGGGAAAGAAGCGGGUAGCGCUGAUGAUGACUUUGAUGCUUGGGGUGACAUGGACGACACCGCAUUUCCCGAUGCCUCAGCCACAAAAUCUGAGAACACCAAGCCGACUGCCACACCGGUGGCAUAUGAUGAUGGAGGUGAGCCGGACUUUGCUGGCUGGCUCAAUGCACAGACCAAGUCAAAGUCCAAAUCAACCUUGCCAAAGGGCCUGACCCGCCCUUCAACAAGCACAACUGUUCGGCCGGGUGGGGCAAGAGCAAGUACUACUGGAAGUGUCGGGUCCGAACCUGGUGCUAAGCGGCUGGCUGCAGCGGCACCGAAGCCGAAAGCUACAGUAACGAAGAAGAUUGACAUAAAGCCCAAAGAAGAGACUUGGGGAGAUGAAGACAAUUGGGGAGAAGGUUGGGAUUAGAACCCUUCAAACACAUGAGACAAAAGGCACGCACCAUUGCAUACCGGAGUUCGGAGACUGGCAAUUUCGGAGUUUUGAUUUAUCAAGAUGUAGUUGCUUUCGACGUGUAGUUUGGUUAUGAUUCUCCCUGUCACUAGAUAUCCCCGAGCCUUUGUAGAUUUUCUUGUAUCUUAGAAAAUAAAUGUAUUGAGAUAGUAGAAAAAAG